AAAAUGUGUCGAGCUGGCUAUAAAGGAAAACACGGUCAUUUUGAUGUACCCGAAGAAAUUUUACAGCAGAUGAAUGCACUCUACAUGCAAAUUACUGUAGGCGAUUACGAUGGAAACAAACGUUUGAAAUGUGCGAAAGAAUGGGAAAAACUUCGAAAUAAAACAAAAAUCGAUUGCCAGAAAGAAUUUAUCAAGCUAACCAACCGAACAAUUACAAUGUAUGGAUGGAAUCCACCAGAUGGUUGGCUAUAA